AUUUUCCACCAUGCUAACAUCAAAUGCUUUAUCAAAUUUCUGGUUCCUCUUAUAGCAUUUUGCAUCAGAUGCGUAAUCAGUACCUUUCGCAUUAGAGUUGCUAGAGAUAUGAGACACCAAGCUGUGGAGAAGUCAAAGGGACAUCAUACUGGGGCAAAAAGCAUGCGAUGGAAGUCUGCUCUUAAAGACACAGUGGAAGGUGAUGCUUCAGACUCUGAAUCAGAACUUGAUUCCAAUAGUCCUUCAGAAGAUGAAGCUUACAUUUCCUACGAUGAGGCCUCUCAGGAUUACGGUAGACUUCAACAUGAUUAUCAGAAAUUUCUCUCAGAAUGUGGUAUUAGUAAAUGGGGAUAUUGGCGGGGUGGUUUUCCUGGGGCCUCACAGGAGCAUUAA